GUCCGGGUUCCGAGGUUGAAAUCCUCUGUUACUUUGUCAUAACUUACCGGCUUGCAUUCUUUCUCGCAAAACUGCACGAUGACACUAAACCUGACUAUAGGCGAAGAAGCAAAUUUAAACGCCUGGAAGUUAGCCACUAGUUGCUUAGAAUUUCGGGUGACUCUCUUGCGGAGCGCUGGAAAUAUGAGGUGAUGAAGCACGUACGCUGAUAAGUGAACUUGACGUCCUGACUAUAAAGCAAAGAAUACACAGUUACCAGUCGUAGGGGCACUCGCUAAAUAACUUUUGAUCUUGGUACUUCUAAAGACAUUUUUCCUCCUUCCUUUUUAUUGUUUUAUACAGGGUAGCGUUGUUGUACUUUGACGCACAUACACAAAAGGUGGGCAAUAAAUUGUUUAUAAUGCCAUCGAGUAAUUAUCUUAAUACAGAAAGAUUCAUGUGAUUAUUAUUUUUAUGGCAAAUAGAAUAGAUGAUACCCUGCAACACGCCUAUGGGAAAAAGGGUUUCGGUGAAUUU